CCGUUCCACCUGAACCUCCUGGUCACCACUUGGACAAGUUGCCGUAAUUGGGCCGAGAGCGCCGCAGAAUGGCUGCUUAUAGUCGCGUCCCGCACAGGGAACUCACAGAAGUCGACAUCUUCAAUGGGACCUGUUCAGAAGGGGAGGGGGACUCCUUCGUGAACUCAGUUGGGAGUAACUCUGAUGGGCUGCCCGGCUUCGGGGCUUGGACGCUGAGUGCGGGUUGCCCGGGAGGAGUAAUCCGAGGGCCCUCGCUUCUCAAAGACAGCGAGGACAUCCUCUACUCGUCAGCGUUAGUCCCGGCUCAACUCUGGGCGAGCGGGCUGGCCGCCGCCGAGAAUGCACAGGGACCUCGCAUUGACCCGGGAGCGGGGACAGUUUGUAGACAGACGUCUUCCAUCGUAGACAAUCUGCUGACGGAACUCUAUGUCUCCUACACGUACAGCGGCAGGAGCAUUGACAGCGUCGACAGCUCCACGGAAGCCUCCAGCUCCGAUGCUUUUCUGGGGAGGAGUAAUUCUGGAUCUGCAUUCCUGCAGGAAUUUCAGGAACAGCACACGACUAAACAUCAGGUGCAAUACCUGGCGCAAAAAGAUGUGGAUGAACUGAAGCGAAUUGUAGAGGAGCUAAGGUACAGAAUUGCCGUGCAGUCUGCCAAGCUGGUUCGCCAACUGAGGAGAAAGGAUAACCUUGCACAUAAACUGCAGAAAAAUAGUGACAUUGUGACGGCAUGUCUGCAAGCAGUUUCACAGAAAAGGCGCGUCGAUACAAAGUUGAAAUUCACAAUCGAGCCAUCCCUGAGCAAGCACGGAUUUCAGCAGUGGUAUGAUGCUCUGAAAGCUGUUGCUAGAUUGCCAACAGGAAUUCCAAAGGAUUGGAGGAGAAGGGUUUGGCUGACGCUCGCAGACCACUAUUUGCACAGUAUCUCAAUUGAUUGGGAGAAGACAAUGCGUUUUGCUUUUAAUGAAAGGAGCAAUCCUGAUGAUGAUUCCAUGGGUAUUCAAAUAGUGAAGGACCUUCACAGAACAGGCUGUAGUUCUUACUGUGGGCAAGAAGCUGAACAGGAUCGUGUGGUGCUGAAGCGAGUUCUUCUGGCCUACGCUCGUUGGAAUAAAUUUGUUGGCUACUGCCAAGGUUUCAAUGUUCUUGCGGCUCUCAUAUUGGAAGUGAUGGAAGUAAAUGAAGGAGACGCACUAAAGAUAAUGAUUUAUUUGAUUGACAAAGUACUUCCUGAGAGCUACUUUGCCAAUAAUCUACGUGCAUUGUCGGUGGAUAUGGCUGUUUUUCGAGAUCUUCUCCGGAUAAAACUACCUGAGCUUUCUCUGUAUCUCGAUGAUCUCCAGAAGGUUGCCAACAAGGAAAGUGCAGGUAGUUAUGAGCCUCCCCUGACCAAUGUCUUCACCAUGCAGUGGUUCCUAACUUUAUUUGCCACCUGCCUUCCAAAUCACACUGUCCUCCGAAUCUGGGAUUCCGUGUUCUUUGAAGGAUCUGAGGUGAUCCUAAGAGUUGCCUUGGCCAUCUGGGCUAAACUUGGAGAAAGAAUCAAAGGCUGCCAAACUGCAGAUGAAUUUUACAGCACCAUGGGAAGACUGACUCAAGAAAUGCUUGAGGAUAGUCUAAUUGACUGUAACGAGCUGAUGCAGACCCUGUAUUCAAUGGCACCAUUCCCCUUCCCACAAAUGGCCGAACUGAGAGAAAAAUACACUUAUAACAUCAAUCCAUUCCCAAUCCCUGUGAAGUUGUCGGAAUCGCAACGAAGUCUCAGUAAAACCAAAGACAGCGAUGAAGAGAUUGAUUUGGACGAUGAAGACGCCAUAGCUUCUGCUGUUGGUUGCCUGGGCCCAUUCAGUCUUCUUGUUCCAGAGUUACAGAAGUAUCAGAAACAAGUCAAAGAGCAACAGGAUGAGCAGAUCCUGAAAUCAAGCAACAUUGCUGAGCUCAGCCCUGGGGCAAUCGAUGCAAGUCGCAGUGAGCACCACUCUGUUUUUAACAGCAUGAUGAUGGAGCGCAUGACCACUGACAUCAAUGCACUGAAGCAACAGUACAUUAGGAUAAAGAAGAAGCAGCUGCAGCAACAGGCCCACUUCAUCUUAAUCAAAGCAGGAACAGAAAAUGAAAUGAAUCCUGGGAUCAUCCCAGAUCCUAGGGACCAGAUGAAUAAUGCUAUUGAAAGAAGUGAAGGAACUGCCACCACCAUUCUGCCUUCACAAACCAAUGACACUCCAAUGAUGAAUCACCUGCUCCUGGGCAAGAAACUGCAAGUCACCAACCGGAUCACAAGGAAUGCUGUCCUUCACGUGGCCGGAUCAAGGGCCCCACACGACGACACAAAGUCUAAGCUGAACUCGCCGUGGCGAACACACAUUCGUGUCCACCGCAAGAACCUGGCAAGGAGCAGGAACCAGCUGAGCUACAGCGACACCAUCGGGCUGAUGGAAGAACAAGGGCAAGUCACUAAAGGAAGAAAUACAAAAGCAGUGGAAGAGUCUUCCCUUAGCUCUAGCGAGUGUGCAGAAGCCGGCACUGAAAUUGUUGAGGACCGCGUACAAGCACAAGGAGAUGGGGAGACCUCCAUGCCAGUUUACAAGGACGCCAAUGACAACGUGACUGAGAUUCAGCACCAGCUAAAACUGUUGGAUUUAACCCAAACCGACACAGCUACAGCGGAGCCUCCCAGCCCGUCACCAAGCCUACGGCGUUCCUCUGAUUCUUCGGAUUCUGAUAAAGGAAUUCCAGAUCUCGGCCACAGGAUUAGCGCUGUGAAAUCUCAGACAUUUAGCCCAUUUCCAAGCAUUAAACCUCCCAGAAAAUCAGCAGCAGCGAGAAAUUUGGGUUUAUACGGCCCAACUGAGAACACUCCGACCGUCCAUUUUCCCCACAUGAGGAAAGGUGCACACAGUUCUGGAAGCAGCAAAGUAAACAUGACUAGGAAGGAGUGAGGCAGCCACAGACUUUUGGUGAUGACCACUUUGAUAUAAUUUAUUCUUAAAUUAAGAUGUUUAAAAACACUUUAUAUCAUGUGCAAUGUUACAAAACCUACAGUAUGGAAACAACACUUUAAAAAUUAACCAUGGUCAAAUUUGAAGGUAUUGUUGGAUUAAAAGCAUUUAUUGAAAUUACAGACCAAUAUUAGAAGCACUGUCAUCUAAAAUUAAUGGAUGAUUUAUGGCAAACCAAAAAUUAAUGGUGGUAAUUCUUAAACCUGUCACUAUUAUUGUCCUAUCUAUAACUAUUGUAUGAAGUGACAAUAAACACUACUGUUUACAAUUUUAACAGCAGAUUCUUUUUCACUACUCACUUAAGGGAAAGAUUAAAAUCUCACAAUAAUAAUGGUUUCUUACCUGUUACCAAACUUACCCAAUUGCAGUUGCAUGGGAAAUUAUGAUUCAGACAGAAAAUGUGGGACUAUUUUAAGAACCCUGUACAGCCUGUACACAUUUGGAUAUUUAUGCUAUCUCCAGAGGCAUUAAGUUGACUAUAUGUUGUUCCUGGCCAUGUUCCAUCUCUCUCGCUGACCUUUGCAACUCAGAAAUCAAAAUGGACUUAAUUUUCUAUUGAAACCCACAUCCAUGUAGGUCAUAUAGGUCUGAAGAAGGGUCUCGACCUGAAAUGUCACCUAUUCCUUUUCUCCUGAGAUGCUGUCUGACCCACUGAGUUACCCCAGCGUUUUGUGUCUGUCUGCCAUGUCUUGUUACUUGUGGAGUUGACAGUUCUUGUCGGCGACCCCCUGACCAGUCACACAUCCCAUUUCUACCUGUUCUGAGUCAAAUUUGGGAGUUUAUAUUCUACCCCGGGUGAAGACUAAAACUUGGCUGAAACUUCAAUGCCCUACUCUGCUGUGUAAAUCUCCAACGUUGGAUGUGCUGGUGUUUUUUUAGAGGUUGAACUGUUAAAACAAAUUUCAGCCUGCAAUACCACUGGAUGACUGCAAACAGCCCUGUAGCGAUCUUUUAGGGAGUUAACUCUGGGAUCCCAACAAUACUUGUGUUUUGAUUGACGUCACAUUUUUAAAAAAUGAUCCGGUUGUCAUCAUCUUGCCGUUUAUGGGAUUAUGCAAAUUACCUGCUACAUUCCCUACAACAUAUCAAACGUUUCAUUUCUUUUUACCCUUCAACAUCCUCUUGUCCAUAACUCUGCUGAUUUUGCACUGAAUUGCAGUCUUUUCACACCUGUGUUUCUCAACAUAGAUAGCCUCCCAGUUGCGUAGGAAGGAACUGCAGAUGCUAGUUUACACCGGAGAGUCUGCACAAGGGUCUCGACCCGAAACGUCACCCAUUCCUUCUACCCAGAGAUGCUGCCAGUCCUGUUGAGUUACUCCAGCAUUUUGUCUCUCGCCUCCCAGUUAAACAGGUGUUUGUUUUUAAUGUCCAUGUUUAAAAAUCACUUCAUUGUCUCAGUCCUCAUUAUCUCAGUUGUCUCCAGCCUCUUGAGUCAUUCACUUGGCCUUGUCAACGUUCCUGAUUUUGACUAUUCUAAGUUAAGAUUCCAAGGCCCUUUGUUUUGGAGUUCUUUCCCUAAACUUCUCUCCUGUUCCUCACCAUCUUCUGUUCUUUAAAAGUUCAUUCAAUCCUUCCUCUUACGCCAAAAAUAUGGUCAUCA